AUGUGCAUAGCUCUAAUCUCCACCGCCCACCCCGACUACCCGCUCAUCCUCAUCGACAACCGCGAUGAAUUCCUCCGCCGCCCAACCGCCGCCGCCGCCUGGUGGCCCGCCCCGCACUCCCACGUCCUCGGCUCGCGCGACAUGGCCCGCUCCGCCCACGGCACCUGGCUCGGCGUCACCCGACAAGGCCGCAUCGCCGUGCUAACCAACUACAAAGAGCCCAGCAGCGACCAAGCAAUCGGCCAACUAAGCCGCGGCCAAAUCAUCAACUCCUUCCUCGAGCUAUCUCCCGACGACACCACGAGCACGGCGCAGUUUGUGCAGCGGCUGGUGGCGGGCGGCGAGGCGCGGGCGGCGGGCGGGUUUAGUCUGGCGUGCGGCGGGAUCAGGGGGCCGUUGGCGGUGGUGUCGAAUCGGGUGCGGGGGGAGGAAGGGGUGCGGUGGAUUGCGACGGGGAGGGGGGAGACGGUGGGGUUGAGUAAUACGGCGUUUGGGGAUGGGUCGUGGGCGAAGGUAAGAGAUGGGGAGAGGAUGAUGAGGGAGGCGCUGCGGGAGAGUUGGGAGGGGGGGGAGGAUGAGGGGAUGUUGGUGCAGAGGUUGCUGGGGUUGUUGAGUACGGAUACGCUGCCGCGGGUGGAUGGCGGGGGAGGAGGAGGGGAUUUGGAGACGUAUCUUGACCUGUUGAGUGAGAGUAUCUUUAUUCCCGUUAUUGGGGAGGAGGGGGAGAGCGCGCCGUCGAGGGAGGAGGCCGAGGUGUGUGCGUCGAAUAUACACGAAAAGGCAGAGGUGCUGGCUGACGGCGACGACGGGGCGGGCCAUUUGCAGUACAUGAGCGGCCUGUACGGGACGCAGAAGCAGACGGUCGUCCUGGUGCAUCAUUCCGGCAGGGUCAAGUUCUUCGAGCGCACGCUGUACGACGACGAUGCGAAACCCAUUCCCAUUGGCAAGGGAGAUCGAGUCUUUGAAUUUCAGGCAGAGGAAUAG